UUAGAGAGUACAACAGGAAAAACGAUGGAGGAAGAAGAGUGAAGUGAGACAGUAUCGAAAGGUGUCUUGUGGGUGACUGAUACGUGCAAUGUCCACAAUGGAGACAGGAAGCCCUCCUGAAAACACUGAUACUUCAUCGAGAUUGACAUUUCAAGAAUAUGAUAUAACGGAAAACCCUCUUUUAGCAGACGACAUCCAAAACGAUGCCCUGUUUGCAUCUACGGCCAGAGCACAACACAAGGGAAGUAACUCAGAAUCACCACCUGAACAGCAUCAUCAACUAGACCUACAGACCAACCAAGAUAACAAGGACUCGGAUUCAAGCCAGGAUGAUUUACUUGAACUUACAUGUCCCAGAGUCAACUGUCAAGAGAAAAUUAUUAUAUGCCUGGAUCUCAGUGCUGAGAUGGAUAAAGUGACCUUUAGGUCUAGAUCAGGAGAUAAAUGGACCCCAUUGAAGUUGAUUAAGCGAGCAUUGAGAUUAUUCCUGCAAAGUAAAAGCAGAAUCAACAAAAAGCAUCAGUAUGCUUUAAUCAUCUUACAAGAAAAUGCUGUGUGGGUUCGAGACUUCAGCAGUAAUCCAAGGGAGAUAAUACAUUUGCUGGAUGACCUUGAAGACACCAGUCCAUGUGAUACACUUAAUAUUGGGUCCAUAUUUGAUCUCAUAAAUUCCCGUGUGGAGUUGCCACAAGUGUCUGGUGACCCUGCGGUACUGCCACCCCCAUAUAUUGUCAGGACCUUGUUGUUACUGGGGCGAUCACAGGGAACUAUCAACAUGGCUGACAAAGAGAUGUUCCGUUUCCUGGAUUCCUCGCCAUACUUUUUUGUUGAUGCCCUGUAUGUGCAUGAGCCUCCCUCUGAAGACAACAAGUGUGAGCAAAUAUUUGACUGUAUUUGUGACUUGGAUGAAAAAGGACAGAGUUACAUCUUUGAAGCAGCCAGAAAUCCAACCAAGUUAUAUGAUCAAAUGGCACAGCUGUUAGCUCACCCGUUACAGAGACCUUUACAACGUGAUAUUGCUUACAGGCUUCUUAACAUGGCAGACUUGGAGGUUUCCUGAUGAUAUGAUGGGACUUUGAACACACGCCUGGAUUUAUCAAGACGUGGGAAAAUGAAGCUGAAAUACCUAGAGUGUUCUGGAAAAUAAGUGCUUGCUAGUGUACUUUCCUUGGUAACCAUUAUUUGAAAAAUGUUGAAAAGAAUGUUUUUGUUCAUAUGUAACAAAUUUUCAUAUGUAGUAGUUACAAUUUUUUUGAACAAAAAUGAAAAAACUGAAAAUAUCAUUCUUAAGGUAACAUUCAAAGGUGAUUUUUCAAUUUAUUUAUAUUUAUAUUUUGAAGUGAAUUCAACAAAUAUAAGAGACUAUAUUUUGGAAAAGUGGUAACUUAAGAAAACCAAAGUCCACAGGGUUCUGAGGCCAGGUUUCUUUACAAUGUUAUGUUGAAAAGUAAAUACAUGUAUUAGGAACAAAGUGAUAUUGAUUUUAACCUAUUUCAGAGUAAAAUGGUUACAGAACAUAUUCAAUCCUAAAAUUUGACUACAUGUGCUGGAAGGAAAGUUAAAUACCUUGAUAUGUAAAUCUUUGUGUAAAUAUUGCAUACAGAUUCGGUGAAUCUGCUGGAAUUUACCAAAGGAGAUCCUCCUUAUCUGUGAAAGUACAUCAGAGAUUGUGUUGUGGCUUAUGGAAGAUCAACCAGUUAUCAAAUAUGUGCACAAGAUCGUUGUAAAGAAGAGUAUGAUGCCGUGGAUUUGAUUUGAUUUCGCAAAUGUUGGUAGCAUUCUUUAAUCAUUGUGAAGUUUGCUUUACUUUUUCAGAUAUUAAGUUUCAAUGCAAGUUAUAAAAAUGAUUUAAAAAAUUAAAUUUGAUAUGUUGGAUAUAUUAGUUGCGGAAAUUAUGGUACUUUGGUUGGUGAACAACAGAUAUAGUGAAAGUUUUAGAAUGUAAUCUCAUUAUCAUGCAAUCCAUUUUGUCGCGUUUAUCAUGAACAUUAAAGAUUUUUAUUUAAAGUAA